CGAAGAUGUCGUUCACGAAAGAGUUCAUGAUGGACAUGGCCUUGGAGGAGACGCCGGUGUCGGGGUGGACCUGCUUGAGCACCUUGUAGAUGUAGAUCGAGUAGCUCUCCUUCCUCCUGCGCUUCUUCUUCUUGUCACCCUUGGCGAUGGCCUUCUGGGCCUUGCCAGCCUUCUUGGCGGCCUUUCCUGAUGCUUUGGGGGGCAUGUCUGCUUCUUCGUUCCCAGACGGCGAGCGAAUGUUGCCGGGCCGCCCCCGGAUUCCCCCUUUAUGGCGGCGCCGCUCCCUCGGGAUCGCGGGGACGCGUGGCGGCACGCGCUCCCAUUGGCAGGCUCGCCCGGCCGUCCCCGCCCUCCGAUCCUGCGCUGCACUAUAUAGGGCGAAAAAGCCGCGAGCGGCAGGUAUUCGCUCUCCGAGCCCACAGCAGAAGCGCAAGUCCACGCCCACACCACUCACUGUCGACAUGUCUGUACGCGGCAAGGGAGGAAAGGUGAAGGGGAAGUCAAAGUCCCGCUCCAGCCGUGCCGGCCUGCAGUUCCCCGUGGGCAGGAUCCACCGUCUCCUGAGGAAGGGCAACUACGCCGAGCGCGUGGGCGCCUGCGCCCCCGUGUACCUGGCGGCCGUCAUGGAGUACCUGGCCGCCGAGGUGCUCGAGCUGGCCGGCAACGCGGCCCGCGACAACAAGAAGACCCGCAUCAUCCCCCGCCACCUGCAGCUGGCCAUCCGCAACGACGAGGAGCUGAACAAGCUCCUCUCCGGCGUCACCAUUGCCCAGGGAGGUGUGCUGCCUAACAUCCAGGCGGUGCUCCUGCCCAAGAAGACCGAGAAGAAGUAAUCGCCCUCGGCCUUUCAGGGACGACAAUUCAGUACCGUUUAAUCCGGCUCCCCUUGGGAGCCACA